AUGAGCUCGGAUUCCAUCACCGCGGUAGAUUAUCUCCGCCAGCAAUUGGCAUUAGAGAAAGAGGCCAGGGAACAUAUGCCAUAUGAUCCCAAUGUGUGCACAUACGUUCUGGGUCCAUUGAAACAACAAGUGUAUGCGUGUCUGGAUUGUCUGGAAAAGGACAACGGUGUUCUAUCGGGAAUAUGCUACUCCUGUUCAGUGCAAUGCCACAGUACCCACACUUUGGUGGAGCUCUUCACCAAGCGGAACUUCACUUGUGACUGUGGAACCACAAGAAUGAAGUCCAACGGCGCUUGUUGCUUACGCACAAAACUUCCUGGCUCUAGAAGGAACUCGUCUGGCAUUGAUAGUAAGAGUACAGUUCGUCAGCCAGCAGAAGACGUUCCUUCCCUCUCCAAUGUCUACAAUCACAACUUCAAAGGCGUAUUUUGUUCUUGUGAAAAGGUGUACAAUCCGGUCCAGGAGACCGGAAAUAUGGUCCAGUGUGCAUUGGGAGAUGUCUGCGGUGAAGACUGGUUUCAUGAUGAGUGUUUGAUGGGUUAUCCUUCUGGCCAAGUACGCCGUUCGAACCAGGUUGAGGUCAAAUCAGAAGUUCAUGGUGUCAAUCGUCUUGAUAGCCUAGGUGAAGCGGGUCUAGAAGCUGCUGCUGAUAAUGAUAGCGAUGAUGGGGUGGAUGUUGAACCAUUGAAAGGGUUUCCUGAUCUAGACGAUUUCGACUGUAUCAUAUGUUGGAAAUGUUUUGCGAAACAUAAGGCAGCAUUGAGCCUACUUCCAGCUGAAAUCCAGCUUGCGAAACUUGCUCAUAUCGAAUGUAAAUCUGAAGAAGAAAGGGAGAAAAUAUUAGCCGAAGAAUCUAGCGUCAAGAUAGAAGAUGUACCUCCGCAGAAGAAACAGAAACAGGGCAAAAAAGAAUACCCAGAGACAAUCUUUUUGAAAGAAGGGUUCAAGGAGGUGUUGCAAAAGGUAAUUUUGAAGAACGAUCCACAACAAGCUCUUUUGAUCCAAUUCUUGAAAAAGUUCCCGUUUCUCUACUUGGAGGAUCCUGUUUACGAACCACCAGAAGACGAAGAUGAUGAUGCUUCAUCUCUGUUCGAUCUUGGAGCUAAAGCCUUGAACUCUCUGCCUCGCGAGCAGGCAAUUAGUGGACUUCAGGCGUAUGAAACCAUAAAGUCAAAGCUGACCACUUUUCUGAGACCAUUCGCAGAAGAGGGCAAGAUUGUCACAGAGCAGGAGAUCCGGGACUUUUUCGAGAAGGAGACUAAUGAGAGAUGA